CACACACCUUAAGCUGCUGUCUGCUUUUUAACGUUUGUGGGAGGCGGGGUGACCGUGUGCAUUUGUGUGUAUGUGUUCGUAUGUGUGUGUGUGUGUGUGGUCGGUAUCAUUGAUUUACUGUCACUCUGCUUAUUACUAACAGCUCUCUGUCUUUCUGAGAAGCUUUGACUGGCUUUUCGGGGGGUUUUGUGUUUGUCACUCAGCAAUGGUCAUCCCAUCACACAGCGAGAGGAUAUGGAGGCUGACAGACAGGCUGCAGAGGAUUUGACAUCAACAGUCAGAACUGGUUCCUGAGGCCAGAAUGAGCCCAGGAAUGGCCCGAACUAAACCAAAACAAAGCUUCCCUCAAGUAAAUGCUCUAGUCGGCCCACUGCUGGUCUUGCUGCUAUGUCUGCAUUCAGCUACAGGAAUGUCUGGCUGGGGUGGAUGUCAGGAAGGUCAAGACGUAUUUGCCACAGUCAGUGAAAACAGCCUGUCAGGAGAACUUGUAACUGAAUUGAUGGCUGACACGUCAAUGGAUGGGAGUUAUUGGACACUGGAUGGAAAGGACGCUCACUGGUUUUACUUGGACGGAAAGAACCUUCGGCUCAAUGCAUCAGCUGAAAAGGUCCUUGACCGAGAGACUCAGGGCCCUGUUUUAUUGGCGGAGUUGUCAUGUUAUGAGGAGGAAACACUUCAGGGUGUGUACCGAAUCGUGGUGGAGAUUCUCAAUGAAAAUGAUCACACACCUGUGUUUGCUGACAGCACUAUUCAGUCGCUUGUUGUCAGUGAGUUAAUUCCUGUAAAUACAGUCGUCUUUACUGUUGAAGCCACAGAUGCAGACAAUGACAAGAUCAUUUAUUCUAUUGACCAGACAUCACCGGAUGCAGAGUACUUUAAAGUUGAUCUUCCAAACAGUGGAGAGGUGAUCCUGUCCAAGCCUCUGGACUACGAAACCAAAUCACUCCUUACUGUGACCAUCCAUGCUACUGAAAUGAGCACCGCUGAGCACUUCAACACCAGCACCAACAUCACCAUCACUGUCCAGGACGGAGAUGACCAGUACCCACAGUUCCUGCCCUGUAUACUGCCUUUUCAGGAUGAGAUCAGCCACAUCUGCAGCAGCCCCGUCUACACAGUCAAUAUCACUGAAGGGGAGGAGGACAUUGUUUUGAACUUCUCUCCUGGUCCCAUUCAUGCAGUGGACGGUGACAGAGGACUCAGGUCCCCAGUUAGCUAUGCCAUCCUCUCAGGGGAUGAUGAUGGACGUUUCCUGAUGGACAAACAGACCGGGGAGAUGAGGUUGACUCGGGGGGUCAGGGACAGGCUCACAACCCCAGCGUUGCAUCUUCAGGUCAUGGCAUACCAGGACGAUGACCCCAGGAAGUACUCUGUCGCUACAGUGUUGGUCCGUGUUCUAGCACUGAACCAGUUUAAUCCAGAGUUCGACAUGCCUGUAUAUCACGGCUUUGUAAUUGCAGGAAAAGACUCUCCUUCUCUGGUCAUUACAUACGGCAACAAAGCGCUGAUGUUGCAUGUACUGGACAAGGACUUUACCCAUGGCUUCAAUCCCAUGAUCUACUUCACCUUCAGUCCUACAUCCAAUCACACAGACAUGUACCAAAUCACACAGGAGGGGCUUCUGAUCGCCAGGACCAGUCAGCUCAAAGCCAAACAGAAACACUUUCUCGAGGUGAUAGCUAUAGACCAGGAGUCUGGUGAUGCUGCCUUUGCUACCAUAGUGGUGGAAGUUCUACCUGAAGGACAAGCAGUUCCUUACAGUCCACUGGGAGAUGAGCGGCUGACUGGCUGUACUGUGGGCAAGGCCUUGUUUCUGUGCAUGGUGUUCAUGACUCUCCUCGGGGGGGUCCUGUUGAUGGUGAUGUGGCUGAAGAGAAAACAUAAAGGACACAAAGACCCACUGGAGAGAGGGUGUGUCGCCCAGGGCAAACACCCCAAUGUGAGUUUACGUUGGUUCCAACUGGUGAAUCACCGCAGUGGUAUGCCACAGAUGGAGGACCGACCUUUGUCCAGUGAAGACUAUGGAACCUGUAACCCUUCCUUCAGCUUCACCCACCAAGACCUGCCCCCCCACAAAGAACCUGACUCAUCGAAAACCACCGCUGCCCCAGACACCAACCCCGCUCCUACUGAACCUAUCCACAGCCCUGUGAUCCUCCAAAACAAUCUAUUGACAACACCUGAAAGCUCCUCUACUUCACCCACCCUUCACCCAGUCACUGUGAACAUGAGCCUCCAGUGUACGGCUCCAGAUCCUGCUUCACCCAACGAAAACCUCAGCCCAAUAACGCCUCCAUCUGACGCUACCGUGCACCCUUCUGAGAGCUUUGAGAGCCUCAAAACCAUCCCCAGCCCUGCAUCCUGUGACGCCUCCAGCCCUCCACCUGACACCUGUCCUGAUUCAAACACUUUUGACCAUACCACCACCCCUUCCUCUCAGUCUUCUCCAUCUAGUGUACCACGUAGUCACACCCGAAUAGCUUCAGCAGAGAUUGAUAAACCCUUCCGCAAAUCCCGUGCGAAUACACCCCCAAACCGUCCUUAUUCACCUUUACUGUCCACAGCCCACACAAAACCGAUGAAGACGCCUCCACCUACACCAGAGCAUUCACCUGUGAAAGCCACGUUGAUACAUACAGAUAUAUCUCCCCCUGAUUCCCCCCCAAAAUCACCAAACCAGAGCUCAGAGAUAGACCAACCAUCCACAUCACUGGACCACACUGACCACCCAGAGGAGCCUGCAGACAACGGGAGUCCACCUCAGGACCGAAGGCCCUCGACAAAUUCAGGAAAUACCCAAGACAGCAACAGGGUUGGGGAUGACGACGAUGGUUUUCUGGGGGAUGAAGAUGUAGACAAGAACAGUGAUGGUGAAUUAGAGGCAGAAGACGAAGAGCUGUUGAGAGCGUUGGCUCGUUGUGGUCCUGUUUUUAUCACAAUUACUAAGUGAUAAAACACAAAAUGAGGACGUAAGGUGAAGAUGGAUGACACAGGGAGAAGAGGAAGAGUCUGGCUACUGUAGUUAAUGCAGUAGCAAAGACAAGGACAGAUUGCGCGCACACACACACACACACACACACACACACACACACACACACAUACACAGCCCAGGUCAUAUUAAAAACACACAAGAAAAAAUACAAUACACAAAGCUAGUUAUAAUCCAUGAUACAUAGUUAGCCUAGAAGACAUUAAUGAGUGACCUUGAAGACAUUAUGCACAAUUAAAAACAUUCAUGUAAACCAACCUUUUGUUUGAAUGUUUACACUUAACAAGAUUGUAUUAAAUAAUGAUGAAAACUCA